UGAGGCUUCUGCUGAGGCUUCCGAUGAGGCUUCUAGUGAGGCUUCUGGUGAGGCUUCUGCUGAGGCUUCCGGUGAGGCUUCUGCUGAGACUUCUGGUGAGGCUUCUGCUGAGGCUUCUGGUGAGGCUUCUGCUGAGUCUUCUGCUGAGGCUUCUGCUGAGGCUUCCGGUGAGGCUUCUGCUGAGACUUCUGGUGAGGCUUCUGCUGAGGCUUCCGGUGAGGCUUCUGCUGAGACUUCUGGUGAGGCUUCUGCUGAGGCUUCCGGUGAGGCUUCUGCUGAGGCUUCUGCUGAGUCUUCUGCUGAGGCUUCUGGUGAGGCUUCUGCUGAGUCUUCUGCUGAGGCUUCUGCUGAGGCUUCCGGUGAGGCUUCUAGUGAGGCUUCUGGUGAGGCUUCUGCUGAGGUUUCUGGUGAAGCUUCUGCUGAGGCUUCCAGUGAGGCUUCUGCUGUGGCUUCUGCUGAGGCUUCUGGUGAGGCUUCUGCUGUGGCUUCUGGUGAGGCUUCUGCUGUGGCUUCUGCUGAGGCUUCUGGUGAGGCUUCUGCUAAGGUUUUUGGUGAGGCUUCUGCUGAGGCUUCUGGCCAACCAACUCACAGAGGGGUCAGCGGUGCAGGAACCUGCUGAAUGGGCAGGAGUAGAACUGCUUUAGAUGUUGUACAGAUAUGAACUGAAGUGGAGGGGAGGAAUACGGUUCUGAUUCUUCGGGGCGGGGUCACAGGCCCCGGUUUUGUGGAACCGAAUGUCCAUUGCUUUUAUUGUUGCCCAACAGUCGGAACUUUCAGGUAGAUGUAUAUUAGAAUAUUCUAGACCCAAAUCUCUGGUUCUUCUUGUGCUCAAGGCAUGAACCCAAACUAUUACUUCAGUGCCAGCCCCCCAGGAGCCCAAGGCUCAUAUGAUGCAAUACGAUUGGCGGCCAAUUGAUGAUCUCAUCGAAAGUAGUCAGUGGAGCAACUGGACCUCUGGAACCCGCCCCACUCGUUUCCAGUUCUAGAGCCUUGGCAUCAGGGAACAACUGGAACUGUCUGUAGCCGCAAUGAACUGAUUGGGCCAAAUCUGCCGGAACUUAAACGGAUGAACCAAUAGGAGCCGCUCCCAAUGUCCGUCCGUCCAAUACAGGGUCUCUAUUUCUGUAAUAAAUAGAUAAAUUUCGUUUUUUUUGUCGGUAGAAUAUUUUUAUGGAAAGUUUCUAUUUUGAUACUUUUUUAGAUGUAAUAAAUCUGUGGAAAUUC